AUGCGUUCGACCUUUAGUCACAUGGUCGUCGUGAAUGCCAUUCUUGGCUUCCUAACCUGGUUAUGCUUCACAUCAUCCUUUGUUAUCGCCCAAUCGCCAGGCUGCUACAGCUGCAUCAAAACGGCCAUCCCCACUGUCCAGAACUGCGCAUCCCUUAGUCCCAAACAGUACGCCACACUAGAAAAAGUGAUGUACGGUGUCAAAGUUUAUGAGACGAGCUUCGACUACGCCACCGCUGAUCCAGCUGGUCAGAGCUGUCUAGUCUCGUUGAUGUGGGAUGUAGUCCACUACAAGGCUCAGCUCUGGAGUGCUUGCUUGGACCCGGCGAAGGCUUGCUCGUGGAACGAGAUGAUGCUCUACAUGGCCUUAAUCCCUAGAAUUGCGUCUAUCUAUGGAGCGUCAGACGUUCCGGCCCCGAAACUUGUAGAUGCCCCAAAAUAG